UCCUGCCCUAGCCUCAGAAAGAGUUGGAGAGACCUGGCCCCAGCCCUGUGCUCUUAUCAAGUGAGCUGGUCCAAACUCCUGCUCAUGCCUGUUGCUGUGAAAAUGAUCCUGCUUCUCCUCCUCCUUGGGGGCCUCUGGACUCAAGAGGUGAACUCUCUGGAGACUACAACUACUUUGCAGACAUCUGCACCCAGACAGUCUUCUGUUUCUUUGGCCUCAGAUAACACAGAGGCCCCAAAACUCAACUCAGUGACCUCCAACACUACAGUAACGAGGGACCCAGAUAAAGGUGACGGCACCAGGCAUGAGAGCUCUCCUCUUUCCUCAACUCCCUAUACAGUCAAUGAAGUAUCCUCUCCUGAGACUUCCAUUGCUGCCACCAGUGGCCUCUCUGUACCUGAGCCAACAACCUCCGAUGAAGUUUCCACCAAAAAGUCAUCAACGCUCCUGGAAAUCUCUAAUGCAGCCAGUAACCCUGCUGUCUCAGCAAUGAACUCUCUGGGAUUCCAUGCUACGACUGAUGGAACCACAGUAACUAGCUUCCUGGAGACCUUCAGUGGGACCAGUAGACUCCCUGUCAUGGCAACUAUCCCUCUAGAGACCUCCAGUGUACCCAGUGCUUCCCCUGUCACCAUAGCAACUAGCUCUCUGGAGAUAUCUAGUGUGAUCAAUGGAGCCCCUGUCACCAUGAAAACUAGCUCUCUGGUGACCUCCAGUGUGACCAGUGGACCCCCUGUCACCACAGCAGCUAGCUCUCUGAAGAUAUCUGAUGUGAUCAGUGGAGCUCCUGUCACCAUGAAAACUAGCUCUCUGGUGACCCCCAGUGUGACCAGAGGACCCCAUGUCACCAUGGCAACUAGCUCUCUGGAGACCUCCAAGGAAACCAGUGGACUUCCUGUCACCACGACAACUAGGUCUCUGGAGACCUACAAGGGGACCAGUGACACCAGCAACAUCAGGGUAAAAACAUCCACCAUGACUACCCCAAAGACCUUCACAAGCACACGCAGUAGCACCCCGCCAAUUUCAAGUCAGGGAAAAAAUGGCACCCUGCUGGUGGCUGCGCUUGUGGCCCUGCUGGUGGUCAUUGUCCUCAUGGCACUACUUGUGCUGUGGCACCAGCGGCGGAAGCGGAGGACAGGGGAGCUGAUGCUGAGCAGCAGUGGAAAGCGCAAUGGGGUGAUGGAUGCCUGGGCUGGGCUAGCCCGGGUGAAUGAUGAGGAGGCCAUGACAGCAACAGCAGGAGUGUCUGAGGGGGACAAGGGCUCUGUGGCCCCCGAAGGGGAGGGAUCUAGCCGGCGGCCCACACUCACCACUUUCUUUGGUAGGAAGAAGUCUCAUCAGGGCUCCUUGGCACUGGAGGAGCUCCAGGCUGGGUCAGCCUGCAGCCUAAAGGGAGAGGAAGAGCCACUGGUGGGCAGCGAAGAUGGGGCUGUGGAGGCCCCCACUUCUGAUGGGCAGAAGCAGGAGAUGUAGAAACCUCUUAGAGCUUGCAAAUAACAAGACUGGAGACCAGAAUCAUUUGAGCUUUCAUCACCUUCCCUCCUAUCAUCACUUCCAAGCCACUGUCACCCAGCGUCCUCUGGAUUUUCACCCAGCAUCUGCACGCUGAAUCCUCAUCCAGCUUCUUAACCCUGGACCUUCCAGCCAGCAUCCACAGCCAGCAUCUGAACCACCACCUACGUCAGGGCCUACACCCACGGAAUGCGCAAACCUGCCUCAUCAACCACUACUUCUCCCAGUCGCCUUUUCUCCAUGUUUUUGUCUCUGAAACCAGCAGCUGAGUUUCCAUUAUGCCAAACUUCCUUGACCUAUGACUUCUCAGAGGAUUCCCCAGGGGUACCAGAGUCUGGGAAGAAGAAGGAAAUGACAACCCAGCAAACUCUCUUCUAGGAUUACUCUGGAAAGUGCAUUUGGCCCCAUAGGUUAGGACAGUCCUACUGGGUCAGCUCAUGAACCUCCUUUAACCCUGGCCCCCAGUGCUCUGUGCCACGCCAGUCUGGAGCAUGGGCUGAGUGGCAUCUUUAGGUGUGCUCUCGGGUGUGCCUGUGAGAGCACGUGGACUCUAGGCUUGCCCACAGCCCAAGCCACCGCACUCUCCCCCACCUAUGGACUGAGGCAACCAGAGGCUUCAGCUAUUUCUCCUCCCAAGGGCAGAGGUAAGAAGAGUUUCUGGGCAGGUGUAGUUCUCAGAAGCCCCAGCACCUGCAUGUGUCCGUUCAUGGGUGCAGUCUGUGCACAAGAGGCAAGGAUUUAGCGAUGUUUGUGAAGGGCAGUGGUGAGUACAGACGGUAUGGGGGAGGGGGCAGGAAGGGCUGCAGAGGCUGAGCAGUUGCUGACUUGAGGAACUCCUGAGAAAGCAUGUGCCGCGUCCUUGCUCAGCUGGGGUAGAAGUAGUGCAUUUAACUCUGUCUGCAGCCCAAUAAAGAAUGCUAGUUUGACAGAAAGACUGCAUGUGUGACCUGAGUGUGGCUCUUCAGCUCAGCCGCUAUGUCCCUCCCUCAAACCUCCCCCACCCCAGCACCCACAAGAGGGGAGACCCCAUAGCAGGGUCUUGCUGACUCUGUGACAUGUUUAAUCUGUUUGUCUAUAUCUCCUCUUCCGUUCUCUAAGGCGAAUCAGUGAGUGAGCUAAAUGAGAAGCAGUGACAGGCUUGCAGAACCAGACACUUCCAUAUUCCAUAUUCCACAUUCCAGGCUCUGGGAUGGAGAGAACAAGACUCAACUGCGCUGUCUCUGAGCCCAGCCCGGGCCAGAGCCCAGGGGGCCACAGGGGCCAUUGGCAGUUGGUGUUUCCUCAAGGCAAAGAGGAAAUUUGCAAAGAGGAAGUUAUUGAGUCAGAGGGCGCAGUGGCCAAGAGCAGACAGACUGACCUACAAAAAGAGAGGCCAAUGGGAACUGCAUGAGUGUGACUGCCGUGUGGCCUGGACUGGUGGGGAGGCAGGAGAGAGGCGAAGGGCCCAAGUGAGUCCGUUCAUGGUGGGGGAUGAGGGACAGAAGAGGUAGAAAGUGGCCACAGAUCCACCUGGCCACCAUGCAGUUGUGCCACCUGUGCUUGGUCUGUGGGACAGGCUGAGCUGGUGUGAAAGUCUAGCUCUCACCAGCCAGGCUAGGCACCCACGGGGCAUGUGUGGGCACCUUUUCCCACUUCUCACAAGGCACUGUUAGGGCUAACUGUGGCCUCGGCAUAGCACAAGUGAGUUCCAAAUGUCCCUUGUGGACACCACAAGUGUUGUCUUAGAUUUGUCAGACCAAGUGCCCUAAUUUCAGGCAUAGAAAAUACUGUUGCUGAUCUCAGAGGCCAUCAGCUCCUCCUUUCCCCCUCAAUAGAUGCAUGCAGUCAUUUUCUGAACUAUGACUGGCUUCUGGGUCCUGGGCGAAUCCUGAAGGAAAUGGGGUGGGAGUGGGUAAGGCAUCCAUUAGGGGUCUCAUAGCCCGGAAAAUAUCAAAAUAUGUGAAAAGUGUUCAAAUAGAGGCACCAAAAAACUUUUAUGAGUGCAUCGACAGAAAGGAGUGCCGGGGUGGCCUGGUGGCACAGCGGAUAAUUUUGUGUGCUCUGCUUUGUGCUCGGGGUUCACUGGUUCUGAUCCUACACGUGGAGCUAUGUACC